AUGGCUGGUAAAAUCCGAAUCAUAAAAAGAAGCUUAGAUGAAAUUUACAAUGAUCAAGUCAGAUAUACGUUGAAUGCUACUUCUCAAAUUGAUCAAACUAGAGAGCAGCGUAACCGGCUAACUACAUCUGUUGUAGAUGGUUCUGAAAUUAUAGGCAGGGAGGAUGCAAGAUCAGACAUAGUAAAGAUGCUGACUGACAAAACGUUUUCUUCAGAGCCACACAAUUCUUCUCACGAAGAGAAACUUUCAGUCGUGUCCAUUGUGGGUAUGGGGGAUCUGGGUAGGAGUUCAUUAGCUCAGUUGAUAUACCAGGACAAUUCAGUAGAAACAUAUUUUGAACAGAAAAUGUGGGUCUGUGUAUCAAACAAGUUUGAUGUCUAUAGGAUCUUAAAAGAAAUUAUGGAGUCCAUUAUCAGUGUUUCAUGUGGAGAUCCAUCAAAUGUUGAUGUGCUGGCAAGACAAGUUAAGAAGAAACUAAUUGGAAAGACAUACCUGCUAGUACUGGAUGAUCUAUGGAACGAAGACUCCGAAGAUUGGAAAAAACUAAAGAGAGUCCUUGCCUUUGGUGGUGAAGGCAGCAAAUUAUUAGUCAUGACACGCAGCCAAAAAGUUGCAUAA